AUGGCUGCUGUGGGAGUUGAAGUGAAGCGUGCGGAUGGUGCACCAGAGGAGCAUUGCUCUGCCAAGCCAACCAAGCAGGGCGAGGGUCUUCGGCAGUACUAUACUCAGCACAUCCAUGAGCUACAGCUCCUUCUCCGUCAGAAGACCCAUAAUCUCAAUCGUCUUGAGGCUCAACGUAACGAGCUCAAUUCUAGGGUGAGGAUGCUUCGCGAAGAACUGCAGCUUCUUCAAGAGCCUGGCUCAUAUGUUGGUGAAGUUGUCAAAGUUAUGGGCAAGAACAAAGUGUUGGUCAAGGUCCAUCCGGAAGGGAAAUAUGUUGUUGAUAUCGACAAAAAUAUUGACAUUACGAAGAUCACUCCAUCUACCAGAGUUGCUCUCCGCAAUGACAGUUAUGUGCUUCAUUUAGUUCUUCCAAGCAAAGUUGAUCCAUUGGUCAAUCUGAUGAAAGUUGAGAAGGUUCCUGAUUCUACAUAUGACAUGAUUGGUGGUUUAGACCAGCAAAUCAAAGAAAUAAAAGAGGUCAUUGAACUUCCAAUUAAACAUCCUGAGCUGUUUGAAAGUCUUGGAAUAGCUCAACCAAAGGGUGUCCUUCUGUAUGGGCCGCCUGGUACUGGGAAAACAUUGUUGGCUAGGGCAGUAGCACAUCAUACUGAUUGUACAUUCAUCAGGGUGUCUGGUUCUGAACUAGUUCAGAAAUACAUUGGAGAAGGUUCAAGAAUGGUCAGGGAACUUUUCGUUAUGGCCAGGGAGCAUGCUCCAUCAAUUAUCUUCAUGGACGAAAUUGACAGUAUUGGAUCAGCCCGAAUGGAAUCUGGAAGUGGAAAUGGUGAUAGUGAGGUGCAGCGUACUAUGUUGGAACUUCUAAAUCAGUUGGAUGGAUUUGAAGCUUCAAAUAAGAUCAAGGUUUUGAUGGCCACCAAUCGGAUUGAUAUCCUAGAUCAAGCACUCUUGAGACCUGGACGGAUUGACCGAAAGAUUGAAUUUCCAAACCCUAAUGAAGAGUCUCGUCGGGAUAUCUUGAAAAUCCAUUCAAGAAGAAUGAAUUUAAUGCGUGGGAUUGACUUGAAGAAGAUUGCUGAGAAGAUGAAUGGAGCAUCUGGUGCUGAGUUAAAGGCUGUAUGCACUGAAGCUGGAAUGUUUGCUUUGAGGGAGAGGAGGGUGCAUGUGACACAGGAGGAUUUUGAGAUGGCUGUGGCCAAGGUGAUGAAGAAGGAGACAGAGAAAAACAUGUCAUUGAGGAAGUUAUGGAAGUGA